AUGGCUGAUCCAUUCUUCCUAGAUCCAGAGCCAGAGGUGGAGAGUGAAGAAACACGGAAAGAAACCGGAGAACCCUCAGCUAGGGGGUCAGUAGAAACAUUGAAACGCAUGAAGCCAUUUCCUUACCGAGGGGAAGCUAAAAAGAAGAAGGAUGAUACCGAAGACUUCAUGGAGAGUUUUGGCAAGUUGGAAAUCAACUUCCCGUUCCUGCAGGCUCUGAAGCUGCCUACUUUUAGCAAAUUCAUGAAGGAGUUCAUUGCUGGGAAAACCAAACCCGAUGGGAAGAUAGUGAUUGGAGAAAACGUGUCAGCGGUGAUACAGAAGAGGAAAAUGCCUUCAAAAUGCACAGACCCAGGUGUGCUGGAGAAUGUGAUAGUUAAAGUGCAUGAUUUCCUGUACCCAACUGAUAUUCAUGUGAUAAAAAUGAGUGAGAAUGAAUCUACUGAGUCUAGAGUGCUUUUAGGAAGACCAUUUUUACGCACCGCAAAGACUAUAAUUGAUGUGUUGGAUGGAACCAUAUGGCAAGACUAUCAUGGGGAGAAAUACCCAUUUAGCAUCGAUGAAGCUAUGAAGAAACCAUUGGAUGUGGAAAAUCCGCAUGUUGUCGAUAAUAUCAACCCCCUGGUCCAGGAAUAUCUUGAGACUGAGUUAAUGCAGGAACAGUUCAACAAUUCAGAGUUGAGUCACUCUAUUGACAAGGAGGUCGCAGGGUGGUGUGAAACCCUAUUGUGUCGGGACAUGACAGACGAACAGAUCAAUGAAGCGAUCAUGGCAUUUUGCCACCAACCACUAUUAUUCGAGUCAACUUGCUCUGUUCAAGCAAAAGGCCCAGACAAGGCAACCGGCUUUGGGGAAAUGGCAGCUAGGAUCUUGGAGAAGAAUCCCUUACCUCAGGAAGUCAUCACACCUAAGAAGGAGCUGAAGAAAUUGCCCGAGAGUCUAAAGUAUGCCUAA